AUGAAAUCUCCAGCAAAUCAUUCUAAGUAUAACAAGCAUUCUCCUAGAUCAAAUGAUAAUCAUGAUAAAAGCUCAACAAAACAUAUAGAAGGUUCAAGAUCAUCAAGUCGAAGUCCAGAGACAAAAAGAAAAUGUGGAGAAAUGAGGGGAAGAGGUGAAAAGAAUCUAGAAAUGAAGACAUGGGUUGGGCGAUCACCAGAAUCAAUAACACAUGAUGAUGAUGUAUUUGUUUGGAAAAAAAAAUAUGCUCAAGAUGGUAAGAAAUAUUCAGAAAAAGAGUUAAGAGAAAAAGCUGAACAAUGUCGAAGAGAAAAUAAUCAAGAAAUUGAAGAAUUAAGGAGAAAACGAAUGAAACGUGAAAAAGAACGUGAGGCACGUGAAAAUGAUCUUAGAAAAAAAAAGAAUGAUGAAUGUUUCUUUUCUUCAAAAGAAGAAGAGAAAUUUGCAUUAAAACAGGCACGACUUCGACUUAUGACUCGUUUACAAAAUGGAAAUCCAUGUCCUAUUGAUUAUUUAGCUCGUCUUAUAUUUUGGGAUCAACGAGAUUUUGAAGAACUCGAUAUUACUACUUUUCAAGAUCCGAUGGGGGUUUUAAAAAAUCUUAACAUUGAUCAACUAGAAGAUGUAAUAGAAGAUGUAAAAAUAUGUAAAUUAAUUGACAAUAAUGAAAAUCCAGUCUAUUGGAACGAUAUAGAUGUUGUCGCCAAGCAUUUUCUUAAAAAAAAUACCACUAAUGAAGAGAAUAUUAAUGAUGUUGUACAGAAGAAUAUUAUUAGUACAUUUAGCGAUAAAAAUUUAAAACAACUUUUAGAAAUGGAAAAACAAUUAACAAAAAAAGUUCAAGAUAAAAAUUGUACAAAUCCAGAUUUUUGGUACACAGUUAUAGGACGAUUAAAUUAUUCUAUUGCAAAACUAAGAUUAAAAGAUAUUUAUACAAGUAUUAUGAAAAAACAAGUUGAAAAAAUUAAAAAAAUACAAGAAAAUGAACUUUGUAAAGAUGAGGACGCUGAAAUUAAUAUGUCAGAAGUUUUAUCAAAUCUUACAUUUGCAGAAGUUCAUCAAUUAAAUGAAAAAAUACCAUUUGAUAUUACAGAAUUAAUAGGCGAAGACAAAGAUAAAGUUAAUAGGUUAUGGAAAGUUUUGAAUAGAAAACAAACACUUUUUGCUGCAAUUAAAUUAUAUGAACUUUAUAAUUUUCAGCCUUGUGUUGUUAAUGAGUUAUCAGUCAUUCCAAAUAUUCCAGUUAUUGAAGAAAAUAAAUUUUAUGAUGAAAUUAAAUCUAAGCAAAAAGUUCAAAGUAGUAUUAAUGAAAACAAUAUGUCAAACAAUGAAGAUUUUGAAGUAAAAGAUGAAGACUUUGAUGAUGAAAUUGAUUUAGGUAAUAAAGCAAUCUCUUGGACUGAUAAAUCAGUUCAGGCAAAGAAACCAAAAUACACAAAUAUUGUUAGAACAGGUUAUGACUGGAAUCGUUAUAACAGAACUCAUUUCACGUUUGAAGAUCCUCCACCAAAAAUUGUUCAAGGCUAUCGCUUUACAAUUAUGUAUGAUGAAUUAUUAGAUCCAACUAAAACUCCACAAUUUACAGUUGUUCCAGAUCCAAAUGAUGAAGAAUUUGCUACAAUUACAUUUAAAGCCGGCCCUCCAUAUAUGGAUAUAGCUUUCAAAAUUGUUAAUAGAGAAUGGCAGGUAUUACACAAAAAAGGAUUUGAAGCUAAAUUUUCAAAAGGAAUUUUCCGUCUUUCAUUUUUCUUCAAAAAAUAUCGUUACAGACGUUAA